ACUUGAUUAUUCAUUCCGUCCAGGUACAAACGAGCAGUCGGGCAGUGCUGGUGCGUUUACGAGUGUAUGUGUGUGUGUGUAUGUGUGUGUGUGGGAGAGAGAGAGAGAGAGAGAGGGAGUGAGAGAGAGAGAGAGAGCUUGCCGAACUGGUUUACUGCAAGGGACAUUACAGAGCUGCGUUAAAGGCUUAAGCUCGAUCAGAGCAGAUCAGAUCUGGAUUAAGCAAGGGGAGAUUGGAUCUGUUUCGAAGGGUGAGGCAUCGAGGUAAUAAUAACAGGCUCUGUAGGAUGAUGCACUGAAAGCGGGCUGCUCUCCGGCGCCCAGCGGUCAUCAUCCUCAUCCUCAUCCUCACCCUCAUCACCAUCCUCCUCUUCAUCCUCUCCUGUGCCUGCAGUGAGAACAAAUCCUGGUGCAUUGUGGUCACCAUCACGUAACCAUCGGGAGAGCUGCGGAAUCCCCCCCUUUCCUUUUUUCCCCCCCGAAAAGGACGGCGCGAUGGCCACUCUUCUGCGAAAGAUCGGUCUGAUCCGCUUGCACGACCGAGACACAGAGGACCCCAAGCACCAUCCGAAAGGGACUAAGCAAGGGAAUCAGAAAAACAGCACCAAGCACUGUCACCAAAACGAGACGAACAUCCUGAGCACCCCAGAAAUCAAGGCCAAGCGCUCGGACGUCUCCGCCAAAGACAAAGCUCCUGCGAAGGACAAACCGAGUAAGGAGACGAAGGAGAAGCAGCAGACGGGAAGCGCCAAGUCGAGCACGAGCUCCUCCGUGCCACCGCUGGCGCCCAACAGGCAGCACUGCGCGCAGGUGAGGACGCGGCGCCUGAUGAAGGAGCUGCAGGAGAUCCGGCGCCUGGGAGACGACUUCAUCACGGUGGAGCUCGCCGACGACAACCUGUACGACUGGAACGUCAAGCUGCACCAGGUGGACAAGGACUCGGCGCUGUGGCAGGACAUGAAGGAGACCAACACCGAGUACAUCCUGCUGAACAUCUCCUUCCCCGACAACUUCCCGUUCUCGCCGCCGUUCGUGCGCGUGCUCACGCCGAGGCUGGAGAACGGCUACGUGCUGGACGGAGGAGCCAUAUGCAUGGAGCUGCUGACGCCGCGCGGCUGGUCCAGCGCCUACACCGUGGAGGCCGUGAUGAGGCAGUUCGCCGCCAGCCUCGUCAAAGGGCAGGGCCGGAUCUGCAGGAAAGCGGGAAAGUCCAAGAAAGCCUUCAGUCGCAAGGAAGCCGAAGCCACGUUCAAGAGCCUCGUGAAGACCCACGAGAAGUACGGCUGGGUUUCUCCUCCCGUUUCCGACGGCUGAGGCGCUCGCCGUCUCCACGUCAUCCCCUUUCCCCUUCUCCACGCAGCUUUCUCCAGUUUCUCACCUCCAAACAUUCUUUUGUUUAACAAAAAAAAAGAAGAAAAAAAAAAUGAGGUAUCAUCUCACACUGUAUGUCGAUGACUCUUCAUUCGGUCGUCUGCCAUUCCUCACUACGGUGCCAUGGACCACUCGCUCGCCGUGACAUCACAUUUCUAAACGAUGGAUGGAUGGAUGGAUACUACUACCAUGUUCGGCUGAAAAGGAAGUGAACGAAACCCUGGGGAAAGUAAUCGGGACAGACCCCCAACCCUCACGCUCUGACUCUUGUACCUCUUGCUCACUCGAUACCUCUCUGUGUUUAUCAGUGUGUUCAUGUCAGUCCCUUUCUCCUCCAUCUCUUCUUCUUCUCCUUCUCCUUCUUCCGCUGCUGCUUCUUCUGCUUCUUCUUCUAUAUUUCUCUUUACAGUUUUAGAGAUGAAGACACAUUGCACUGAACGCCAUCAGACGUUGAUUUUAUUUUUUUUGUUCACAUUUACACGCAUUGUAACGAUAUUUAAUAGCAAGGCAGAGGGGUGCAGUACAUCCGAGGUUCAGUUUUGUCUGUUCUUCUUCUUCGACUGUGCUACCUGUUUUUUUCAAUACAACAUGAAGAUUGAUUGUAACUUAUGUGGAGCUGUGCUCUCUCUCUCUCUCUCUCUCUCUCUCUCUCUCUCUGUCUCUCUCUCUCUCCCCUCCUCCCUCUCUUUCUCUCUCUCUCUCUCUCUCUCUCUCUCUCUCUCUCUCUAUGCGCGUGGCUAAAUUUAGACAUCACUGUGUUGCAUAGCUGGUGAUUGAUUUCUCGUGGAGAUGAUUUAAAAAAAAAAACACUCGUUGCUUAUGCAGAGGUACUGUAAAGAUUAAAGAGUGGUAGUGAACCAUUCUUGCUAAUCAUUAUUAUCAUUAGUAUUAUUACAUUUUAUUUUCUUGGAGAAGACCAGAAGCUUUGAUGAUGUUGAUACCAGAUGGCAGAACUGAAUGUCAGAGGCUCAGUGCAUGAACGCGUGCGUGCGGUUGUUCAUACGCGGCAGGGGCGUGCACGAGUCUUUUCACGAUACAUUUACCGACCUCGGAGAAGCGCGAAUCUGAUUAGCAUCUGGUUUUUCUCAGUGAGACGAAAACUACAGCCGGAGAAUGAAUGUUCCUGUCCGAUGACUUCCUUCAUUUCUCAGUGCACAGGGCAGCGAAAUGUCUAAUGACUCAGGCCUCAGCUUCAAAUCACAUUAAUAAUACUCAGUCUGCAUUAACUAUGAUUAUUAUUAUUAUUAUUAUUUUUAUGACUGCAGACUGAUAAUAAAAGGCUAAUUAAAAAUGGACUGAAAAGGACGAGCUGUUUGUUUUGGUGUGUAUUGGUGUGUGUUCUCCAAAUAUCAGUGUUUAUCCUGAACGCAGUGAGACGCCACGUCUUUUUAAUAGGCGCUGAUUUAAAGGAAAACUCCACCCUUGAGGUUGAAUUUAGAAAUUCAACAGAUUUAUUUUGGAAGGAAAUUAAUGGUUUGUUUAGGCGGAACAUCUUCCAUGGACACGUUGGUCUAUUUUCUGUUGUUCAGCUACCUGCUGCCAUUUGGGAUUGUGCUGCAUUUGGAAGGAAAGUUGGAAUUGUGUAAAUUUUGGAGCUACAAAUUAGGGAUAAACACGGACGUCUAUGUGUUAGUCUUUAGGUAACGUUAGUGAGUGAUGUUUAAUUAUCUCCUCAAAGCAGCAAACUUUAUAGUCAGUGUUAAAUCAUUUAUACUGUAUAUACUGUAUAACUCAUUUUAAAGUGCUACUUCGCUCUGUUGUGAUGAUGUGAGCAGACACUGAUGUCUGACAGGGAUGUUGAUACCUUCCCCGGCGUUCCGGGUAGGAAUUCCGAGUCAGAAUCUCUACAAGGUACAAGCAUUAGUCAAGGGGCAGCUUCAAUCCUCACUUCAUUUCUUUCUAAAGGAGAGUGAUGGUCUGUCUAGUGCUGUAAUCUGUACCCUCUGCUCAAACGGUUGUCGAACGCUAACUAGUCGAGCUGUUGUAUAGCUCUACGCCGUAUAGCUAUGCUAACACCUUGGAUCAUUUAUCUCAUGACUGAAAAUGGCUAUUCAGAAAAGAAGCUUUUGCUCACAGCAAAACCUGAGCGUUGGCUCCUUAUAUCUGAGAUUAUGGAUAUUAUGGCGGUGUUAACAUUUAACAGCAGGUUCUUGCAGGAAUAAUAAAAAAAUUCGGCACCGGAAUCGAUGAAGACAUUUCAAUCUAAACAUAUUGAAGACGUUUCAAGGGUGGAGGUUUUCUUUUAUGCCGUGUUCCAUGAUGAAUCGAGAGUGGAAGCAUCUCUACACCUCACACUUCCUGGUUUAUGUGACUGCACACUUCACAGCAGAAACCCUGAUUAUAGCCUCCGGUGCCUCAGGAGACAUUAAAUGUCAUAAGGGAAGCUGCUAAUUAACAUGACAUUUGACAAAAAAAAAAAAAAAAAAGGAAAGCGGUGAAAUUCGAUGCAGUCGGAGCUUGACGAUGCCCUUUCAGGCAGGAUGAUGCAGGUUCGGCGCGUGACUGAGAAAACGUUUCCCAGACUGCACAUGGACUCGUGGUUCAGUUCAGGUCCGUCAUGUCAAGGCAUGAUCCGAGCCCAGGCGUGUGUUUUCAUGUUCUAUGCUCGAGGAUUUAGAGGCAGAAAUGAGGUGUUUAGAGCAGAGAUCACCUGUGUUGAUCAUUACACACGAGACAAAUGCGUGACUUUCUCAAAACUCUUCGUUCGUUUAGCAAAAAAAAAGGGACGUACAAGUGCUUAAAGGCAAACACAAGUUCUAAUUGCCUUUAAUUGAGUUAUUAUAAUCAAAUCUCAGUUGCCACAAGCAUUUGUGGAUUUUACUUGAUGAUGUGUGCAUCACAGCAGGGAUUAAAAGCCUCAUUUACGCUGCUUGUGUCACGACUUAUUCCAGCCUUUUCCAUCUGGUACAAAACAAGCAUCUCAUCACGCUCUUGGUCUUCUCCAGUCUCCGUUUGGACAGUCCUUUUUGAAAAAGUGCUCGUGUGUGUAUUCCUUACGGAUUUAGCGAGAGGAGAUACUAUAAACAACGAAUUAAUUAUCACGAUCUCUCGAACGUGGAUGUUUGCCGGCUUAAAGAGCAUACUUUUGUGAUAUAGCCUAGACUGGUAGAUUGCAGACACUAACCGAGUUAAAUGUCCAAACAAGUGAGAUGACUCUAUUGUAUUAUAUCUGCAUGUGGUCUGUGGUUGUUAGCUAGCCAUUUUUUUUUUUUCUAGAGAAAAAGCCAGAAAAUUAUGGAGAAAAUAUGAAAAAAAAAAAAAAAUACUGUUUUUUUUCCUGUUAUUGUCCGUUUUCCUUUUUCUUUUUUUUUUUUUGUUUCGUUUCGUUUUCAUUCAUGUCUAAAAUGUCAGAUUGUGUUAUAUGAAUGUUUUGUGUUUUAAUUUAUUUGUGGUUUGCCAAAAUGACGAUUCGGAAGCAUGUUGCAGGUAUUGUCACUGAUCAAAAAAAAAAACAAAAACAAAACAAAACGAAAAAAAAAAAAAAAAAAACAAGUGGGGGGGAUAAAAA